AAACAAGUUAAUCGAGUUUUUGGGAAGAACCUGUUACUCCAACCAUGGCCUCAAGAACUUAUACCCUCAAAUUCUUGUCACUACUAAUCUUUUCAUUUGCCAUUGUUCAAAUGGCAAUGGCUGGAGAUCCAGACAUUAUUUCUGACUUCAUAGCGCCCCCAAAUGGAACCGUAGACGGAAACUUCUUCACAUACACUGGCUUUCGUGUUGUCGGAGGAGGCCCUCCCGCAGACUUCAAGAUACUAAAGGCAAGCAUGGCUCAGUUCCCUGCUCUCAAUGGGCAGAGUGUUUCCUAUGCCGUCAUUGAAUUCCCAUCCGGCACUACUAACCCACUACACACUCAUCCUCGCUCUGCUGAACUCCUUUUCCUUGCUUAUGGUACCCUUGAGGUCGGUUUCGUUGACACCAAAAACAACCUCUUUAACCAAACACUUAAAGCGGGUGAUUUGUUUGUGUUUCCAAAGGGACUUAUGCACUUCCAGUACAAUGCUGAUUCACAAAAACCAGCUCUUGCAAUUUCUGCCUUAGGAAGUGCAAAUGCAGGAACUGUAUCAAUCCCCUCCACCUUGUUCACAACCGGCAUCGGCGACAAUGUCUUGGCUAUCUCCUUCAAGACUGAUGUGGCCACCAUUCAAAAGCUCAAGGCCAGUCUUGCCACCAGGCCAUGAGAAAUAGAGGCUCAUUUAAUUGGAGCAAUGUAUCUUUGUACUUAUCUUUAUCUGCUGUAAAUAAUUACCCGUUAUGGGUUGAAGGGGUAUGUCAUCAUCAAGUUGUACUGACACAUUGUUUGUCAUAGUUCAUUCAGUAAUUGUGGUCUGGGAAAAAG